UAGAUGCCCACAUGUUGUAAUUUUUAUUUUUAAAUAAUAUUAGAGAAUUUAGAUAUUGGAUUGAUGUAUGGAGGAAAUCUUUGUUUUUGAUGCUUUCAGGUGUUGGAAUAUUGUACCCUAAUGCAAUCAUAAUUAUCUCAAGUACUAUGAAUUUGUAAGUGAAGAGGAUGAAAUCUAAAUGUUAGGUUAGGAAUAAGAUCUAAUUUUAUUCACUUCCCUCUUCUCCAUAAUCAUUAUAAAUUACAACAAAUUACCUUCGCUUCCACUCCAAGCUGCAAGCUGCACAUUUCUCACUCAUUCUCCACUCAGAUUUCAACAUCAAGAAAUCUCUCCGUCCACAUUUAUAAUCUAUUAAUUUAGCUCAGGAUGUCAAGGAGGAAUAACAGAAUCAUGAAGACUGGCGCGAUCGUGGAAGAGGGGUUUGUAUACCAACAACAAACCCAUCUCACUGUGUCGAAAACCUCCCUUUUCUUCGUCGGAGAUGGCUUCACCGCUUACGAUUCCAAGGGUUCACUCGUCUUCCGAGUCGACUCAUACGGUCCAUACGGCGGGGACACCGGCGAACUCGUUCUCAUGGACGCUGUCGGCCGGUGCAUCCUCACCGUCCGACGUAAGAGACCGAGCCUGCACCAGCGGUGGGAAGGCUUCGCCGGCGAGAGAACAGCGCAGAAGCCUCUGUUCAGCGUGCGUAGAUCCUCGAUGAUCGGACGGUCGAGCAUGACGGUGGAGGUAUACAGGAACGGAGGCGAGGAGUACCAGAUCGAGGGCUCCUUCGGCUGCCGCAAAUGCACCAUUUACAAUGCGGAGAGAGAAGCCGUGGCGGAGAUCCGGCGUAAGGUGGACGCUUGCGCCAAUGUCGUGCUCGGGAAAGACGUUUUCUUACUGACUCUGAAGCCGGGGUUUGAUGGUGCUUUUGCAAUGGGUUUGGUUUUGGUUCUUGAUCAGAUUCAUGGGGCAAAUCACGGGGAUGAUGAUGAAAAUGGCACCAGGGUGGCUGUAGGCCCCACCACUGAGGGGCGGGGCUGCCGUGUUUGUUGGGCAGAAAGAGGGUGGACGUGUGAUAAAGUUGUGAAUGGGAGCAGAGAAGCAAGCAAGGCAUCCUCCACCUCCACUACUGGAAUCUUCCUCGUACAAGUUGGCUUUCAUAGUUCCUCAUGCAAUCACAAGUCUUUCUUAAAUACUCAACAAUCAGCCUUAAUAUGUAUGGUUCGCAACACAUUUACUCUCCACUCAUCUCACAACCUAUAUAUAAAUGCAGUAGUUUGUCAUUGUUCACUCAAAUAGCUAGGAGGAGGUGUUUCUCUCCCCCACCAACACCCACAAGAUUUUGCUAUGUUGUCUCGAAUACAUUUCUUCUACUGCAUAGAGUGACUCCAACUCCUCACAUACGCCAACACCCUCCAAUUUCUUCAAGUCUCCCAUUAUCUACUCGCUCUGUCUCUCCUCAAGUGACCUAAUCCGUCUCCGCUCCACUCCAUUAAUUACACCAUCUGCUCCAACAACAGUCGAGAUUCUGGAGUAUGUCCACUCGACCCUGAUAAUGCAUUCAAACUCUGCUCAAUUAUUUGUUGGCACUCCUCAGUCAUCGUCCAGAGUGAUUCUAACUGUGGCUUGAAUGUGGUGUGAAACUGAGCAGUCUACGCAAUUGCCGAAUUCAGAAAGGGCGCAUGGUUGCAAAGAGCAAGCCACGUCUAUGUGGUAUACCGAUGCCAUAUAAAAUAAAUGCAUCAACUGUGGAUUGUUACAUGCUCAAUCCAAGCGUUGACGGAUUGUAACAGGGGAAUCUGACUGUUGCACCAUGUAAAUUUAGUACCCGAGAACCCAAAUCAUACAACCAUCUCGACUGUAAGGCUUGCUGAAAAUUUUGAAGUCGCCAAAUGUGUCGCAACUGCCUUCCAUCCUUUCCUGAAUGAACGAGAAUUUUGUUGUAAUCCUCUGUAUACAACCAUGAACACUGAGAUUGAUCGGAAAAGGCAGAUAAAAGCUACCACAAAAGAGAUGGUUUGCUAGCAUCAACCUUCCCGUGAAAACUAGUAAAUCGCCAUGGAUCCUCAUUCUGCUCAAGUUGUAUUGUACUAUCAAUGUGGUGAUCCGAAUAAGACUGCAAGUGAACUAGUUUAGACUUAUUCCAUAAUGUCGUAAUCUUCCAUUUUUCCCAUAUGUAUAUACACAAAAACUAUAAAGAUCCAAUGUUGUUUUAUUUGCUUAAAACAGCAAAUAAUUACACUUGGUUUCAACCAAGAAAAUCAA